GUGCUUGUUCAGUAUGGACCUGGUACCUCUUUUGUGAAGCGGCAGCUGAGGCCAUGGCCGAGGAAGAAACCAAGACCAAGAACAAUGAUCAUGUUAAUUUGAAGAUGGCGGGACAGGAUGGUUCUGUCAUGCAAUUUAAAAUUAAAAAGCAUACAUCACUCAGUGAAUUAAUGAAAGCCUAUUAUGAACGACAGGGUUUGUCAAUGAGACAAAUCAGAUUCCGAUGUGACAGACAGCCAAUCAAUGAAUCAGACACACCCGCACAGUGGGAAAUGGAGGAUGAAGACACAGUUGAGGUGUCCCAACAGCAGACAGGAGGUAUCUAUUAAAGGGAACCUGCUACGUUCCUCCAG